UUUUAUUCAGUAUCUUAGCAACCAUCAGCACAAGCAGGAGUUAGCAGCGUUUAUAGCGAUUUAUAGUGAUUAGUAAUAGUGUUAAUCCGCAUGUAUCAGCCGUUAUAAGCGUUUAUAAGCAGGGUUCGAUCUUGUAGCUAUUUUCUGCAACACAUACGUGUCAAAAUGAACUCUGAUUCCAUGAUGUCUACACUGUAUGUGGGUGAUCUGCACCCUAAGGUGACAAAGCCCAUGAUUAAGGAGAAAUUUAGUGCUGCAGGAUUCAUUCACUCCAUCCAUCUCUGCAGGGACAGAAAGACGGGCUCCUCCCUCGGCUAUGCUUUUGUCAACUUCAAACAUCGAGCUGAUGCUGAGCGAGCACUGGAAAUGUUCAAUUUUGAAACUCUUAUGGGGCGGCCCAUGCGUGUCAAGUGGUCUCUGAAGAACAACUGCCUUGGAAAACUGAUCAUCAAAAACCUGGACAAGUCUGUUGACAUCUUGACCAUUUUUGACACCUUCUCCAGAUUUGGGAAGGUCCUGUCAUGCAAGGUUGCUAAUGAGAAGGGUUCAAAAGGGUUUGGCUUUGUCCAGUUUGAGUCUGAGGAGGCAGCGAGUAGGGCACGGAAGAAUCUCAACGGCAAAUAUCUGAAAAACUGCAAAGUGUUCAUUGAGCGCUUUAAGCCCCAUGAGGAGCACAAGGCAGAGGAGAUGAACAGCAAGCAGGUGCAUGUGGGCCAAGAGCAGACUAAAGAAGACCCACCACAAUCAGAAGACUGAACAGGAAACGCUGAAUAGGUUCUUUAAUGACAGCAGCAAGAAGAAGAGCAGGAACUGAAAUCUUCUAUAAGUAAACAUUGUACAUAUCGUAAAAGAUGCCUUUGUUACAUCAUAUUUGGUUUACUGUAACUCUGUUCUUUUUGGUUUGCCUUCAGAAAUUCUUCCUAAACUUCAACUAGUACAGAACUCUGUUGCCUGCAUUAUUACACAAACUCCUUCUAUCGAUCAUAUACUUCUGCUAACCUGCUCACCACACCAUCAGCUCGACUGUCCACCAUGGGGGUUAGAGCAUUCAGUUGCUCUGCUUCCAGAGACAUAGCCUCUUUAACAACCUUUAAAUCCAGACUCAAAACUCACAUGAUUAGAAAUGCAUUUUAUAUUUGAACUGAGUUUGAAAGGCAUAAAAUUUUUAUCAUGUAUAAAUAAAAUGAAUUAUUAUUGUUACUAUAUUAAA